AUGAACUGCAUCUCAGAUUUCUUCACCUACGAGACCACCAAGUCGGUGGUUGUGAAGAGCUGGACCGUUGGGAUUAUCAACCGAGCCGUUCAGCUUCUGAUCAUCUCCUACUUCGUGGGGUGGGUUUUCUUGCACGAGAAGGAGUACCAGGUACGGGACACAGCCAUUGAGUCCUCGGUGGUGACCAAGGUGAAGGGCUUUGGACGCUAUGCCAACCAAGUCAUGGACGUGUCUGAUUAUGUGACCCCACCCCAGGGCACCUCCGUCUUUGUCAUAAUCACAAAGAUGAUUGUAACCGAAAACCAGAUGCAAGGAUUCUGCCCAGAGAGCGAGGAGAAGUUCCACUGUGUGUCAGACAGCCAGUGCAGGCCUGAGCGCUUCCCAGGGGUGGGGAUCCUCACGGGCCGCUGCGUAAACUACAGCUCUGAGCUCCGGACCUGUGAGAUCCAGGGCUGGUGCCCCGCCGAGGUGGACACGGUGGAGAUGCCUGUCAUGAUGGAAGCCGAGAACUUCACCAUUUUCAUCAAGAACAGCAUCCGUUUCCCCCUCUUCAACUUUGAGAAGGGAAACGUCCUUCCCAGCCUGACUGCCGCCGACCUGAGGACAUGCCGCUUCCACCCCGACAAGGCCCCCUUCUGCCCCAUCUUGCGGGUGGGAGAUGUGGUCAAGUUCGCGGGGCAGGAUUUUGCCAAAUUGGCCAGCACGGGGGGAGUUCUGGGCAUUAAGAUCGGCUGGGUGUGCGACCUGGACAAGGCUUGGGACCAGUGCAUCCCCAAAUAUUCCUUCGUCCGGCUCGACAGCGUCUCUGAGCGGAGCAGCGUCUCCCCGGGAUACAACUUCAGGUUUGCCAAGUACUACAAGGCGGAGAACGGCAGUGAGUACCGCACGCUUCUGAAGGCUUUUGGCAUCCGCUUCGACGUGCUGGUGUACGGGAAAGCUGGCAAGUUUAACAUCAUUCCCACGAUCAUCAGCUCCAUGGCAGCCUUCACCUCUGUGGGAGUGGGGACUGUCCUCUGCGACAUCAUCCUGCUCAACUUCCUCAAGGGGGCCGACCAGUACAAAGCCAAGAAGUUCGAGGAGGUGAACGAGACGACGCUGACGGUGCCGGCCUCGGCCCACCCGGUGCGCCCCAGCGACCAGACCACAGAGGAGAAGCAGUCCACAGACUCAGGAGCCUACUCUAUCGGCCACUAG